CGGCAGUUGGGUGCUGCUGCGCGUGCGCGGGCGGAACGGCGCAGGAGUCGUGUUCUUUGCCGCCCCCGCCGCCGGGGCCGUCUCCGCUGGAAUUGAGUCUCGUGUUUUCUUCGUUCCCUCGCCGGCGGGUUCGCAACCCUCCCGAGCCCCCGGGCAGCGAGGCUGGGGAAGGGGUUGGAGGGGGCUGUUCAUCGCCGCCUUUAAAUUGCGCUCGGGGCGGCCAUGUCGGCCGGCGAGGUCGAGCGCCUAGUGUCGGAGCUGAGCGGCGGGACCGGAGGGGAUGAGGAGGAAGAGUGGCUCUAUGGCGGCCCAUGGGACGUGCAUGUGCACAGUGAUUUGGCAAAGGACCUAGAUGAAAAUGAAGUUGAAAGGCCAGAAGAAGAAAAUGCCAGUGCUAAUCCUCCAUCGGGAAUUGAAGAUGAAACUCCUGAAAAUGGCGUACCUAAACCGAAAGUGACUGAAACGGAAGAUGAUAGUGAUAGCGACAGUGAUGAUGAUGAGGAUGAUGUUCAUGUCACAAUAGGAGACAUUAAAACGGGAGCACCACAGUAUGGGAGUUAUGGUACAGCACCUGUAAAUCUUAACAUCAAGACAGGAGGAAGAGUUUAUGGAACUACAGUAGGAACGAAAGUCAAAGGAGUAGAUCUUGAUGCACCUGGAAGCAUUAAUGGAGUGCCACUUUUGGAGGUAGACUUGGAUUCUUUUGAAGAUAAACCAUGGCGUAAACCUGGUGCUGAUCUUUCUGAUUAUUUUAAUUAUGGAUUUAAUGAAGAUACCUGGAAAGCUUACUGUGAAAAACAAAAGAGGAUACGAAUGGGACUUGAAGUUAUACCAGUUACCUCUACUACAAAUAAAAUUACGGCCGAAGACUGUACUAUGGAAGUUACACCAGGUGCAGAGAUCCAAGAUGGCAGAUUCAAUCUUUUUAAGGUACAGCAGGGAAGAACUGGUAAUUCAGAGAAGGAAACAGCGCUUCCAUCUACAAAAGCUGAGUUUACUUCUCCUCCUUCUUUGUUCAAGACUGGACUCCCACCAAGUAGGAGAUUACCUGGGGCAAUUGAUGUUAUUGGUCAGACUAUAACUAUCAGCCGAGUAGAAGGAAGGCGACGGGCAAAUGAAAACAGCAACAUACAGGUCCUUUCUGAAAGAUCUGCUACUGAAGUAGACAACAAUUUUAGCAAACCACCUCCAUUUUUCCCUCCAGGAGCUCCUCCCACUCACCUUCCACCUCCUCCAUUUCUUCCACCUCCUCCAACUGUCAGCACUGCUCCACCUCUGAUUCCACCACCAGGUAUUCCAAUAACUGUACCACCUCCAGGUUUUCCUCCUCCACCAGGCGCUCCACCUCCAUCUCUUAUACCAACAAUAGAAAGUGGACAUUCCUCUGGUUAUGAUAGUCGUUCUGCACGGGCUUUUCCAUAUGGCAAUGUUGCCUUUCCCCACCUUCCUGGUUCUGCUCCUUCAUGGCCUAGUCUUGUGGACACCAGCAAGCAAUGGGACUAUUACUCAAGAAGAGAGAAAGACCGAGAUAGAGAGAGAGACAGAGACCGAGAGCGAGAUCGUGAUCGAGAUAGAGAAAGAGAACGCACCAGAGAGAGAGAGAGGGAGCGUGAUCACAGUCCCACACCGAGUGUUUUCAACAGUGAUGAAGAACGAUACAGAUACAGGGAGUAUGCAGAAAGAGGCUAUGAGCGCCACAGAGCAAGUCGAGAGAAAGAAGAACGACACAGAGAAAGACGACACAGAGAGAAAGAGGAAACCAGACACAAGUCCUCUCGAAGUAAUAGUAGACGUCGCCAUGAAAGUGAAGAAGGAGACAGUCAUAGGAGACACAAGCACAAAAAAUCUAAAAGAAGCAAAGAAGGAAAAGAAGCUGGCAGCGAGCCGGCCCCUGAACAGGAGAACACUGAAGCUACACCUGCAGAAUAGGCAUGGUUAUGGCUUUUUGUAUACAGUAGUGCCAGAUAUACAGACUAUAAAUCUUGUUAUUUUUCUGGAUAAUGUUUAAGAAAUUUGCCUUUAAUCUUGUUCUGUUAGUAUGAAAAGUUAACUUUUUCUUCCAAAAUAAAAGAGUGAAUUUUUCAUGUUAAGUUAAAAA